GGAAUUUUUGAGUUGUCACUCCUUGACAUUUUUCCGGGCAACCAAAAACAGCGCAUAUUUUCCGUGAGUUUUCCAGCACAAAUACAGCAGCAUUUAAGUGGAAAAGAAAUGACUGAUCAGGAGAAGAGGGAGCAGCAACAGGCGGAACUGCAAUGGCUUCAGCUGAAGAAGGAUUUUGCUACUGCUCCCAUCGCUGGCGAGACGGUAUUGGAGAAAAUGAAGAGGAAGACCAGAGAAAAUCCUCUAGUUCCCAUGGGUUGCGCGGUCACUCUGACCGCCCUCGGACUUGGCCUGUACAGUUUCCGUCGUGGCGACAAAAAAACGGCCCAGAUCAUGAUGAGGACUCGAGUGAUAGCCCAAGGAUUUACCAUAACAGCCCUUUUGGUGGGAGUCGUCCUGACAACUAUGAAGGACUAGGAAUUAUGGGCACU